ACAAGUCAUGUGUUUUUGAUGAAUCUUUUAACACUGCAAGAGUAGCUAAAAUUAUGCAAUGUAGGGAAUUCAUUAACGUCCCGUUAUCUGACAUAAGCUUUUCUGUGUAUCGCGAAUGACAAAUACUCUGCCUGAGAAAUUACAGUAAGGGACCAUAGUAAGUACAUUUUCUAUUAUUUUAUAAUUAUAUUACAAUUUAACGAUUCAUUAUUCGUUUUUCAAAUCUACAAAUAUUCUUUGAUACAAUAAUUUCAAUAACUUGCAAAGAAGUUGAUUAAUUUCUGAUUAAAUCAUAGCAUGGAUUACCCACCGUUAAAAAGAUUAAGAAGCCGGGGGACACAAUGUGGUGUCAAUAGUGUUAGUCAUGACAAGUCUACGCAAUUUGGACCUUCUCAUAACAGUUAUGAUCGUUUUAUCCGCUCAUCCGAUAAAACAGCAUUUACAACACACAAAUACUUAAUCACAAACAUCACGAAUACCAAAGAGAAUGCCUUAUCGUGGUGUUUUGAUAACAAUUUGUUAAUCAAACAAAGAAAAUGCGAUAAAUGUAACAAUGACAUGAUCUUGUCUAAGUGCAAAAGUUCAGAUGGAAUUAGAUGGCGUUGCCAAAAGAAUGGUCAUUUUGUUGAAACGUCAAUUCGCAAAGGUAGCUGGUUUGAAAAGUCUAAUUUGACGAUAGAAGAGGUGAUUGAAAUGACGUAUUGGUGGACCACUGGUAUCGAUCAAAAUCAAAUAGCCAAACAAAUGUGCAUAUCAAGUUCUACUGCUGUUGACUGGGAUAUGUUUUGCCGAGAAACGUGUGAAGUAUUACUCUUCCAAAAUUCAUCAAAGAUUGGCGGUAAAGGUGUACGAGUUCAAAUUGACGAAAGUAAGUUUGGAAAGCGUAAAUACCACAGGGGCCAUCGUGUAGAUGGACAGUGGGUUUUUGGUGGUAUAGAAGAAGAAUCGCGAAAGAACUUUCUUGUAGCGGUAGAAAAGAGAGACAGAGAGACGCUGAUACCUAUAAUAAAAAAUUGGAUCCUGCCUGGUACAACUAUAGUUUCAGAUUUUUGGAAACCAUAUGAUAUUUUAAGUGAAUUAGAUUUUGAACAUUUAAAAGUUAACCACUCAGUUGAAUUUGUUAACUGUAACGGAGAUCAUACAAAUAAAAUUGAAGGACACUGGAGGCAAGUUAAAUCAACAUUACCAUCAUUUGGAGUAAAAAAAUCCCACUUUUCAUCUUACAUGGCGGAAUUUAUGUGGAGAUAUGCUAACAAGGAUCAAGAUUUAUUUUCGAAAUUCAUUUGCGACUUAUCUUCUGUGUAUUUGUCGGAUGAAAUUUUCGCAUUUUCAUAAUUUAUUUUCGGAUUUUUUCAAUGGAUUCCUAAUUUCAAUUACAAGAUAAAAAGUUUUUCAAAAAUUUUGUUGCAAUUUUAAAAAAAGCCUUUUUCUUCGUUCUUAUUAUUUAACUUUAAAGAUUUCCAUUUGAGUUUAGAUACAUUUCCACUCAAGAACAGACGGAUAGAAGAAUUGAAAUUUUUCGUUCUGUACAAACUGAUAUUUGAAAUCAAUUCGACUGUCCUUGCAGAUAUAUUUUAAUCUUGAAUUUGACAAGAACAAAAAAUAUUAACUAUAAAUUCUAUGCGGGAAUCCUUUUAAACAAUUUAUCACCAGGCUAUUAUUGUGUAUUUAAUUUGCAGUAAAUAUGAAAUUUUAAAAUUUUAAAAUGUUUUAUCCACCUACUAGGAUUUAUAGAUUUAUAUAAUUAUCGUUGGUCGUUGGCCGUUGGCUCGUAACCAUUUGUUGCUCGUAACCGUUUCGUUGGUAGUUGGUCGUUGGACCAUAACAAAUACUUUUUCCUAAUUGUCAUCGUUGGUCGUUGGUCGUUGGCCGUUGGAUGAUAACAAAUACUUUUUCCUGAUUGUCAUCGUUGGUCGUUGGUCGUUGGCCGUUGGAUGAUAACAAAUACUUUUUCCUGAUUGUCAUCGUUGGUCGUUGGUCGUUGGCCAUUGGAUGAUAACAAUUACUUUUUCUUGAUUGUCAUCGUUGGUCGUUGGUCGUUGGCCAUUGGAUGAUAACAAAUACUUUUUCUUGAUUGUCGUCGUUGGUCGUUGAAUGAUAACAAAUACUUAGAUAAAUAAUUUUAAAUAAUAUGAUAGUUGGUCGUUGGUUAUUUGCAUUACUGUCUUCUGCUGUAAAGGGGAAAUUCUAAAACCGCUCCAAU